AGGGUCAGCGGCCUGACUAUCUACCCCGUCAAGUCCUGCGCCGGCAUCGAUGUCGACGCGGUGACGGUGACGGAGACCGGCUUCAUGUACGACCGCGCGUGGAUGCUCCGCCGGGCGAAACCGAGGGCGAGCGUGUUCGUGACGCAGCGCACGGAGCCCAAGCUCGCGCUCGUGCGCGUGAAGCUCCCCUCCGAGGUUCUGUCGCCGUCGUGGGACGGGAUCCUCCCGCCCGACGCCGCGAUGACGAUCACCGCGCCGGGGAUGCCGCAGGCGCUCGAGGUGCCCCUCGCGCCGGCGAGCCCGCUGCCCAGGUGCAAGGUGGGGGUGUGGGAGUGGGAGGGUUUGGCGGGGGACGAGGGAUCCGAGGCCAGCGAGUGGUUCACCCGUUACCUCGGGAAGACCAACCGGUGGCGCCGUUUGACGUCCAAGCCGCGGCGACGCGUGGACCGCGAGUUUGCAUCGCCCGGGUCCGGGAGCGCCUUCUCCGACGGGUACCCCGUUCUGCUCGCGUCGGACGCGAGCCUUCGGGAGCUGAACGAACGGCUCGCGACGCCCGUGCCGAUGAACAGGUUCCGUCCCAACGUCACCGUGGACGGCGCGAUCGAGCCCUUCGCGGAGGACGGCUGGGGGGGCGUGGUUUUCGGCGGCGUCAAAUCGGCGGACCUGGUGAAGCCGUGCUCGCGCUGCGUGAUGACCACGGUGGAUCAGUCCACCGGCGUCAGGGGCGGUCCGGAGGCUGACCCGCUGAGGACUCUGUACGCGAUUCGCAGCGGUAG